CAGAACGAUUUUGUUUUGCAGGAUAAGAAAAGCGUUGACAGAGUGUUGCUUGAUAAAAUUAAGAAAGAAGCGACAGAGGAUCAUGCAAAAAUUGCACCAAAAAUUCGUAAAGCACCACUGACCGAUACCGCUGAACUUGUUCGACAGGUGCGAAGCCGUCUACACACUAAUGGCAUCUCUCAAAAGGUAUUUGGAGAUGUUGUACUUGGUGUAAGCCCCGGAGGAGUAUCUGAGCUUUUAACGAAGCCAAAACCCUGGGAACAUUUAUCUCCACGUGCGCGUGAUCUGUAUCUGGUGAUGAACGAUUGGCUCGACGAGCCGAACGGGAUCACACGUCUUCAGGCAAAAGCUAACUUGAACGGUGAGAGUAACGGUCAAAAACGCAGUGCUACGAAAGAAAGAAGCAAGGAUGAUCGAUGGCAGCAGGAUCUUGCUGAGUUGAUAAGGUUAGACUCGAAAUCAUCGGCUGUAAGUCAUAGUGCACCAACCAUGGUAACAUCGAACUCAGCCAACAAUCUGAUCAAAAGCUCUAGCAGCAGCAGGACUAGUUCGCUUGAUAAAGCAAUUGAACGACUUCAAAAGCUGCGUGCCGCUAAGCAAUCCUGA